UUGAAAGGGCGUUCAGACUAACAUUCAGACAGGAAGUAGACGUAGCAUAAAGUGGCCCGUUUAUGGUUUGUAUUCCUGGUUCUGUUAAAUCCCAGUCCAAUUCUUAUUUAGGUGAUUUUCGGUAUUUAUUAAAGGUUUUUCCAAACUUUUUUGUUUUGACUUUAUGUGAAUAAAAUGAUCUGGUUCUGCUCUCUGGCUUCCCUCCUUCAGAACCUCUGACUGCUGAGGUUUAAACCUGGUUCUGUGGUUCUGAAGAACUAUGGCAUCUUUUCUGCUGCUUCUUUUUUUAUAUUCAUUUAAGAAUUAAAAUCAACUUUGGGAGAAUAUGUUUCAGUUUAAGAAUGUGACAUUCCAGAAACAUUUGAGUUAAGCUCCAGUAAAGAUAUAAAAAGUGGACAUUAAGCCAGAAAACGGCAUAAAUGUUGAGAUUUAAAUUUUCAUCUUGGAUCGUAUCAAUUAAAAUAAUUUCCUGCAGUUCAUUGAUCCUUGUAGCAUUUCCUUUCCAAAGCUCUAAGUGAUGAUUUGUCUCAUUUUUCUGCAAACAUCUUUAGCUGUUCUUUGGAAUCAGUCAGUCCAGCAAAAACUUUGUUUUACAAUGUUUUGUAUUAUAUGCUCUGAAAUUUUCUAAAUUUCUAUUUUUAAUUUUCUGAAUUAUUUUCUAGCACCUGGCAUUCUUUAACGAGCAAAACAUGCUGAAAACUGGACAAAAGUAAAGAAGUCAGAGAUAUGAAAUAAAUGCAAAAGCAGAAUUUCUUUAAAAUUUGAGCUUCUUGUUGUGACAAGAUAUAAAAUAGUUUGAUGAAAAGACACAAGGGGGCUCCUCACGCUCUUUUUGCUGUAAAAUGUUUCAUAUCUUUUUGUUUUAUCAAUCUGGCAGUUUCUAGGAAUAAUAUAUUCAAACAAUAGCCUCUUAUUUCCUUAGACUUCCAUACUUGAACAAGCAUAAAAUAUGCAUUCUGAAAAUUUGUGAAAAAGUAUGGAAACCAGAGUUGGGAAAUAAAUACGGAUCUGUAUCUUGUUAAAAGUUUGUAUUUCAUAUUGAAACAAAAUAUAAAAAUAUUCAUCUGACCAAUUAGGAUGUUUUAAAAAUCAUAAAAAAUCGCCACUUUUAAAUGACACCAGCAUCCCUGCGACGAUGAUCUCUAUAUUUUGAUUUUUAAUAAAUCUUCAUAAAGGCUCCUUAAAAGAUUCAAAGAAGUUUGUUUUCAUUCAAAUUUAGCAGAAAUGUAUCAGUUUCUACUCAAAAUGGACAAAUGUUUUGAAAUCAAAUCGUAACGUCAUGACGUCAGCUGCCUUUGCGUCACCGCGCCCUCCGUCCUCCUCAGGGAACGCGCACAUUCCUAUUGUCCAAGAUGGCGGCCCUGGUGCAGCUCCUGUGAUGCUGAAAUGUUUCCCAUCGUUUCUAACCGUUUUUACCGUAAAUGUGCCAAAAAUCAGCGGCCGCCCUGGAAGCGCGUCUCUCCCUGAAGCCGUCCCCAGUCGCCUCUUCUCCACAAACACUCCAGGAACCCGCUCCGAGCGCCGAAUUCCCGCUGCACGGCACCGAAAAGUUUGGGCUCCAUCCUUCGGUGAAAGAUGAAGAGGCAGGCCGGGAGAGAGAGCAGCCCGUCCCGGGCUAUCGCUAAGCGGAUACGGGAAAGGGAGCGGGAGGGCGCCCGCAGAGAGGAGCUACCCCCGCCGCCUCUGGCUCUGCUGCUGGCGGAGAGCCGGAGCUAUCACCGCCGUAGCCGCAGCAGGGAGCGGGAGAAGCCGCGGCUCAGAGAGGAGCGGGCGGCCGCCCUGGAGCUCCACCACCGACAUGAACUCAGCCUGCUCGGCCGCCCGCCGCUGCGCUCUGCCGGGCCGCCCGCCGCCAGGCCCGGGACUCUGGAGUACAAGACGCUGCUCAUCAGCAACCUGGGCUCGCAGGUGUCGGACGAGGACGUGGAGGACGCGCUGUUCCACGAAUUCAAAAAGUUCGGGGACGUGAGUGUGAAGCUGUCCCACACCCCGGAGCUGGGCCGGAUCGCCUACGUGAAUUUUCGCCACCCGGAGGACGCUAAGGAGGCCCGGCACGCCAAGUCGUCCCGCCUGGUUCUGGGGGAGCGCCAGCUGAAGAUAGAGCCCAUGUACGUGAGGAGGCGGAGUGUGACCCCGCCGGACGUCGGGUACCUCCCCCUGCAUGCACCGUACCCCUACCGGCAGCGCUCCCUGUCCCCGCCCGGGCCCGCCGUAAACAGCCUGCGGGAGCUGCGGGCCCGGCAGUACGCCCUGGAAAGCCUGGCACUGACCCGGGACCGGGACCGGCUGCUGGAUUACUAUGGGAUGCUGGAUGAGAGGGGGCGACCCUUCGGGUUUCCCGCCAUGCCCGUGGUGGAGGACCUAAAGCCGGAGGACGACCAGAGGGCCACCAGCAACCUGUUCAUCGGGAACCUGGACGGGAACGUGACGGAGGCGGAGCUCCGGCGGGGCUUUGAUAAGUAUGGCGUCAUCGAGGAUGUGGUGAUCAAACGCCCGGCCCGCGGCCAGGGAGGCGCUUACGCCUUCGUGAAGUUCCAGAACCUGGACAUGGCCCACCGGGCCAAGGUGGCCAUGCAAGGCCGGUUAAUCGGUGGGAACCCCAUAAAGAUUGGCUACGGCAAGGCGAAUCCCACCACCCGGCUGUGGGUGGGCGGCUUGGGCCCUGGGAACUCUCUGACCGCCCUGGCCCGGGAGUUUGACCGCUUUGGCAGCAUCAGGAACAUCGACUAUGUGAAAGGGGACAACUUUGCCUACAUUCAGUAUGAAAGCCUGGAUGCCGCCCAGGCCGCCUGCACCCAGAUGAGGGGCUUCCCCCUGGGGGGCCCAGAGCACCGUCUCCGGGUGGACUUCGCCAAGGUGGAGGAGAGCCCCUCCCGGCCCUUCCCUCCCGGGUACCAGCCUCCCAUCGCUCUCUCCGCCCACUACGACCUCCUGGGGGAGGCGUACAGCCGCCACCGCAGCCUGGAGAGGGAGCUGCGGGGCGGCCGGGAGCGCUCCCCGCCCCCCCAGAGCCUCCUCUCCCUCAGGGAGCGGGAGAGGGGCCUGCUGGAGAGAGACUUCCCCAGCAGCCCCACACGCAGCCUGGAGCGUCGGGUUGGAGGGGUGGAGGCCUUCGGGCGGAGCGGACGGGCGGUGCGGAGCCGCAGUAAGAGCCGGGAGCGGUGGCUGAAGGAGCGGGAGGAGAGGCGGACCCGCAAGAGGAGCCGCAGCCCGUCUGCCGACCGGCCGCCAGAGGAGAAGGAGCGGGGGAGGUCGCGGGUUCGCGGUCCAGGGGCGGUGUCUCCUGAUGCCAGCCCAGACCGGGCGCGGGUCCGUGCCCCUGACUCCACCACAGAGCCGCGGGACCACUCCCCGGACAGCGGCGCCGGACGGCACUCCGCCACCAACGAAGAAGAGCUUCCUGCCGGCCGCCACCACAGCAAGCGGUCCUCCAGCGACCACCUGAACAACCACCACCACCGUGCCGAGGCGGCCGGCGCCGCCUCGCCUGCCGCGGACGCCCCGGCCUCUCCCAGCACGCUGUCGGAGUUCGCCCAGGGCGCCCUGUCCAGGCUGUGGCGCGGCUUCUUUGCCCUGAAGAACAGCAGCUUCCCCACAGACCUGUUCCUGCUGGAGGGCGGCGCAGCCUACUUCCACACGGUGAUGAAGGACAGCCUGAAGCUGCAGAGCCAGCCCAGCCAGCUGAAGAUCGCCCAGCGGCUGCGCAUGGACCAGGCCCGGCUGGACGAGGUGGCGCGCCGCAUCAAGCUGGGCCGCCCGGACGGCUUCGCCAUCCUGCUGGCCCUGCAGGGGCCCGUGGACCGCCAGGCGCAGGGGCUGGAGCCGGGCCUGCAGGUGCGCCUGCUGCGCCACCUGGUCACCUACCUGCGAAACAAGGAGGCGGCGGGCGUGGUGAGCCUGCCAGCCGCCAAGGAGGGCACCCCAGGCGCCAUGCUGUACGCCUUCCCGCCCGGGGAGUUCUCGCAGCAGUUCCUGCAGGCGGCCAAGAGGACUGUGGGUAAUCUGGAGGAGGAGCACAUGGUCAUUGUGAUUGUCAACGACACUAACUGACUCCCGGGGCUUCCUCCAUGUUGUUCAGUGUUUUGUUCAGUUUAAAUGAAUUCCAGCCAGUUACACUACAUGUUCCUCUGCGACCCGGCGGGAUGAAGGCGACCCGAAGGAACCUUUAGAAACACUUAUGCAGCUGGUUUUUCUCCAGGAAGCUGGAAACGCGACACUAAAAGCUUCUUACUUUAUCCGGUUUUCUCCAUCCUGGAAACUUGCAGGAUUUUUCUGGAAACUUGAAGCUAAUCCUUUCCUGUUUUUAUUUGGUGUUCCUCCUCUUCCUCGCUGUGUUCUGGUGUUCUUAGCAUUCCAGUCCAUUCUCCCAGCAUGCACCAGGAGAGAAACCCUACCCGUCUCUGUUGAAACUUCCUGUUGAUCCGUUUUGAGUCGUGCUUGUUCAGGAUCGUUUUUUAAACUCCCAGCAGAGCCUCCAUGUUUCCAUCUGUUCUGGUUUUAUUAGCGAACGGCAGAUUUAUGAAAGAGAAGAAAAAAAAACAAACGUUUUGACCCCAAAACUUUCAGCAAUUUCAAAAACUCAAGAAGCAAAUUGGACAUUUUUAUGGGAAUGAGUUGGAAAUAUGAGCUGAUCAGGAUGAAUGAUGGUCAUUAAUGAUUUGUGUUAUAAAAAGAGGAAUAUUUGAUGUUUUAUUGUUUCAUCUUAAAACUGAACAUGUUUCUGAAAUAAAACCAGAGUUUUUACA